CCAAGAUAUACUGACACUUACUAGCAAAAUGGAUUAUUCAGUGCUGUGUAAAGUUUAUGGAAACAACUUUCUGGGAAGAGGAGCUUCUAUUCCAUCCUGAAUCAGGUAAGUCCAUUUGGAACAUAUGAACAGAGCUGGUAACUUCCACCAUCCUGAAAGCUGAGACCGUCAUCACAGAGUGUCAGAAGCCCACAGCAGAGAUUUCCCCAUUGGCUCUAAUCACCCGCCUGGGGUUUCCUCCACUGCGUUUGAACAGUCUUGGUUAGUGAUUGUCUUUUCUUCUGCAACUAUAACAUCUUCAUGGAAUUGUCAUCAAAUGGAGCAUGGAAUUUAGGGGAACCUGAAUCUGUGUUCUAAGGCCAUGUGGAUGGAAACCAAUGCUGCCAAGCAGGAAGAGAGAUACCCAAUGGAGAAUCAGCACUCUCCUGGCAAAGUCCUAGGGCUUUGUUCCUGUCGCUAUGGACUCACUGUGCUUUUGCACGUAAUUAACCUUGGAGUCGGUGCACAGCGUGUGUGUCUGAGCCUCACCAUAGUAACCAUGGUGAACAGAACAGACACAAGUGGUGUGUCCAACAUAUCUGCAGGGCAGAAGCUGGACGACACAAAGAACCCUGCCUAUAACUGGAGCCCUGAUAUCCAGGGGAUCAUACUCAGUGCCAUUUCAUAUGGUGCACUCAUACCACACGUUCCUGUUGGCUACCUAUCUGGAAGAUUCCCUGUGAAGAAGUUGAUUGGCUCUGCCGUGUUCCUCAGCUCUGUGUUCUCCCUGCUCACCCCAGGAGCAGCUCGCCUUGGACCAGCUUUGGUCAUCGUGUGUCGAGUGCUCCAGGGAAUAGCCCAGGGCACAGUUAUGGCAGCCCAGAACGCAAUAUGGGUCAAAUGGGCUCCUCCCUUAGAACGAGGCCGACUUACCUCUGUGAGUUACUCAGGGUUGAUAUUGGGAGCAUUCCUGGUCAUGCUUGUGAGUGGUUUCAUCUGUGAUCUUCUGGGCUGGCCCAUGGUCUUCUAUAUUUUGGGUGCAUUUGGCUGUGUUCUGUCUCUUCUCUGGUUCAUCCUGUUCUAUGAGGACCCCAAGGACCACCCGUGGAUAAGCAUCAGGGAGAAGGAAUACAUCAACUCUUCUCUCGCCCAGCAGGUCAGCGCAUGUGGACGACGUCUGCCAAUCAAGGCUAUGCUGAAGUCUCUUCCAGUCUGGGCCAUCGCCCUCUCUGUCUUUGCUUUCGUGUGGUCAACCUCCCUCUUUGCUGUGUACACGCCAACGUAUCUCAGCACCAUGCUUCAUGUCAACGUGAGAGAGAACGGGCUGCUGUCUGGUCUUCCCGGUUUGUUUGCCUACAUCUGUGGUAUCGUAGCCGGAGAGAUGGCAGACUUCUUCCAGUCCAGGAAGAUUUUCAGCCUACUUACCAUCCGGAAGCUCUUCACCACAUUAGGACUCCUCCUUCCUGUGAUCUUCAGCCUGAGCCUGCUGGCCCCGGGCCUUGGCUUCCAUGGCACCGUCACCUUCCUGGUUCUCAUCUACGUAUCAUUUAGAUUCUUUAUAGUUGGAGGACUUAUCAAUGCUCUGGACAUCGCACCCAGGUAUUAUGGAUUUCUCAGAGGAGUUACCAUGUUAAUAGGACUGGUAGGAGACAUGAUGUCUACAACUGUUGCUGGGCAAGUACUCAGCCAGAGUGCUGAAUUUUCCUGGCAUGUCAUCUUCCUCCUGGCGGCAGGCAUUAAUGUGACAAGCCUCAUCGUCUACCUCGUAUUUGCUAAGGCAGAAGUCCAGGACUGGGCUCAGCCAGCUCAGUGCACGCAGCUGUGAAGGUGGAGGUGACUGGAGUAGGGCAGGAGUGAGCAGUGCAGGAGGGGGCGGGGCUGCAGCUGAGCCCUGAGCUAAGCUCAGGCUGCCUAAGGGCCCAGGGAGGAUGGAGGCCAGAGCAAACAUGGAAGUAUUAACCACCCUCGGGAAAUGCCUUGCAGCCCAGGGAUGCUCUCCAUGGGGUCCGGGGAGAUGUCCGGGCGGGGAUGUCAGUCUGGGAGGCUGGGUCUUAAACAUUGAGACAGAGAAGACGGGACACUUGGAAGGGUCUUCAGUAAAGUGCAGUCAGCGCUGGGGAAUGUGGUGUCUUAAGAAAUGAGAAAGGUUCACGGAGAAAGAGAAUUUUGUCUGGUAAUAGUAACUCUGCUUAUUUUGGGACCUUGUGGAAUCAGCUGUUGUUUAAAUUAGAUCUCCUCUCGCUUACAGUCAGUCA